CCAGACCUGGCCCUUCUUUCCUCAGGAGAAAGAGUGGCAGCGGCUGGAGAACCUGAAAAAGAAGGAGGAGGCUGAGCUGCUGAGAAAGCAGAAGGUGGAGGAGGAAAAGUGCCGGCGCCUGGAGGAGGUGAAAAUGAAGCGGGAAGCACGCCUUUGGAAGGUCCUGCAGGCCCGUGAGCGGGCUGAGCAGUUGGAGGUAGAGAAAAAGAAACGCAUUGAGCAGAAGCUGGCUCAGCUGGAGAAGAACAGGAAGGCAAAGGAGGAACGGCUGGCUGAGGAGAAGGCCAGGAAGAAAGCUAAGAAGCUGGAGGAGGCGGAAGCCCAGAGGCAGAAGAGACUUCAGCAGGAAGAGGAAAAACAACUGCAAAAGAAGAAAGAAGAGGAGGUUCUGCAGAAGAUGGCUGAGGCCCAGAGGAUCAUGGGGCAGCAGAAGCAUCAGCUGGCCCUUGAGAAGGAGCCCGAGAAGCUGCAGGACAAGUG